GAAUGGUUUCGCCCAGCUUCAACGAAAGGCCAUUUUGAGGACCGCAAUCGCAGUCGAACAAUGGUGGUUUGGUUAGGGAAAUUCUCCGGUAUCUUGUCUCCUUCAGCCUAACGGACUGCCAUGCCCGGCGCGGGAAUACCUCCAGCUUGAUCGGACCACGAUGUACACGCAGAGCAGGUCAUCUCCCGACGGCCGGAGUCCCGGCAGUUCGGGGCACCAGUCGCGGCCAGGUAAUUCCCACACUGCGCCCCGGCCCCAGGCCCAGCACCGCUCCCCCUCCCUCGGUAGAAAGAACUCAGCAUCCAGCAUGUCGAUGGAGAACAUCCAGUCCCUGAACGCUGUCUACAACACAGGUAUGUCCUCGUACAUAGAUCCUAUCAGCAGUCCGACUCACGUUCCACGAUCAGGCCGCUCGUCUCCGCUACGUAGUCCUGCCGCUUCCGGGCACUCCCGGUCAGGCUCCUUCGGGGGCUCCCCUCUCCCAGCCCGCGGGUCCAGUCCCAACCUCCCCGCCAGCUCCAGUGCAGACACGGUGACCGCGAACAUGGCUUCACAGCUGCCGCACAGCCAUGAGCUGAGGCAGGUCCGGGACAAUGUGAUGGUCGAUCUGCAAUCCCAGACCAAGGAAAUGCAGCGGGAGAACUCAGCCUUAAGGAAGGAGAUAGAGAUCAAGGAGGGGAAGCUGCAGUCUUCCAUGAACUCGAUCAAGACGUUCUGGAGCCCAGAGCUGAAGAAGGAGCGAGCCAUCCGGAAGGAGGAGGCCAGCAGACUUGCACUUCUCAAGGAGCAACUCAGGGUCACGUCCGAGGAGAACCAGCACCACCAACUGACCAUCCAAGCCCUACAAGAUGAACUGCGAACCCAGCGAGACCUCAACCAACUCUUCCAGGAGGGGACUGUCAAACCUGGAACAUCCUGCUCCCAAUCAGACCUGGACUAUGAAACCUUGUGGUCCGAAAACGAGCGGAAAAACAAGGAACUGUUCCUUUUACGCAAGACAGUGGAGGAGUUGGAGAUACGCAUCGAGACCCAGAAACAGACGCUGUCGGCCCGCGAUGAGUCCAUCAAGAAGCUGUUAGAAAUGCUGCAGAGUAAGGGGUUAGCCAUGAAGAGUAUGGAGGAGGAGAGGGGGGAUUAUGAUCGUGUCAAGAGCAAGAUGAUUGAAGCAGAGGCCAAAGUGACACACCUGGAGUCCAGCCUGGAGAUGCGUGACAGAGACAUCAACAACCUUAAGGAGGAACUCCUGAAGUAUUCGGACAACAGCCACCAACUCCGUUCCCAUGGUUCCCACAGUCACCACCACAUGCAGCGCAACGGUCAGCAGAACGACCUUCCCAAGGUCACCGCACUGCAGGCCAUCAUAGAGUCCAAGGAGAAGAAGAUCUGUCAGCUGGAGAAGCAGCUGCGUGAGUUUGAGGAGGACUUGAUGUCGCUGCGGUCCAACGGUGCUGUCAGCUCAGAAGAGCGAGAGGAGGAAGUGAAGCAGCUGGAGGUCUACAAGUCUCACUCCAAGUUCAUGAAGAACAAGGAAAAUGGCAGGUAUACGUCGGACGAUAGUAACUCUUCACAGCCAUUGGAAAACGUGACGCCUCUCUCACCCCGAGCAGAGGCUUUCGUGCUGGACAAGAUUGACCAGCUGAAGUCAGAACUGAACAAGAAGGAGACAGAAAUGCUGACCAUGCAGACUAAGGUGGACACCAUGCACAACCAGCUCAAGGACCAGCAGCAACACAUCGACGUCUUAAAGGAGUCCCUGGCUGCCAAGGAGGAACACUCCAAGAUCCUGUCAGCAGAUAUUGACUCGAUGCGGAUGCGGUUGGAAGAGAAGGAUCAACUCUUGGAGAAGAAGAACAAGCAAAUCUCCUCUUUCAGCUCGGAGAAGAACAAACACAGCUCCGAGCUGACAGAGGUCAAGGAUAUGAUGGACAUCAAGGAGCGGAAGAUCACUGUGCUGCAGAGAAAGAAUGAGAAUCUUGAGGAGCAGCUAAAGGAUAAGGACAAGCAGAUCUCCACCAUGAAGGAAAGAGUCAAGUCACUUCAGCAGGACACUAGUAACUCGGACAGUGCUCUUAUCACUUUAGAAGAGGCACUCAGCGAGAAGGAGCGGCAGAUAGAGAGACUGAAAUCACAAAGAGAGCGUUCAGAGGGCGAGCGACAGGAGGAACAAGAUAACUUGACGAAGGAGAACAAAGAGCUGAAGGACAAAUUGGAGACCCUGCAGAAUGAGUUGGCUGAGAACCAGUCCAACCUUCUCGAUCUAAAAGAACAUGCGUCUUCUCUCGCCUCCGCUGGCCUGAAAAAGGACUCGCGUCUUAAGCAGCUGGAGAUCCAGUUGUCACAGAAAACAGAGGAAGUCAACGAGCUUGAGAUGCAAGUCAAACGGCAAGCAAGGCAAGUCCGUGCAGCCAAGGAGUCUGUUGAGCAGGCGGCAGCCAAUAAGGAGGCUGCGGAGAAGUCAGGGAUGCUGGAGGACCAGGUGAAGCAGUACCGUGACGAGGUGACGCGGUCCCAGCAGGAGGUGGACCGGCUGCUGGAGAUCCUGAAGGAGAUGGAGAAUGAGAAGCAUGAGAAGGACCUCAGGAUCAGGGAACUCGAGAGACAAACGCGUGAUUCAAACAAAAAAUUGGCAUCCAUAAAGCAUCGUGAACAAACAGAGAAAAAGAAGAAUGCACAGCUUUUGGAGGAGGCCCGCAAGCAUGCUGACGACCAAUCAGAAAGCUCCCAGCAGAUGCAGCUGAAAAUGGGAGUCAUGGAUGAAAAGUCGAUUGUUCGUCAGAAGGAGGACAGAAUAGAGGAGCUGGAGGAGGCCCUGAGACAGAGUGUGAACAUCACAGCCGAGCGCGAGAUGCUGCUGGCUCAGACUCAGGCUGGCAAGCAGACGGUAGAAAAACAGGUUGAAGAACUGACACAGGAGAUUGAGAGAAUGAAGAAGCACCUUCAGGCCACCAAUGCCAAGUUGGCGUCCACAUCACUCAGCCUGCAGGAGAAGGAGGACCGUCUGGCCCAGCUACGUGCCGACAGGAAAAAACAGUUGCUGGAAGUUAUGGAGAUGAAACAGGAGGCGCUGCUGGCAGCCAUCAGUGAGAAAGAUGCCAACAUCGCCCUGUUGGAACUCUCCUCCUCCAAGAAGAAGAAGACGAUUGAUGAUGUGGCAGCGCUGAAGAGGGAAAAGGACCAGUUUGUACAACAACUGAAACAACAGAACCAGAACCGCAUUAAACUGAUGCACGACAACUUUGAUGAAGAAAUGAACGGAUCUUCCGUUACUGAUGGACAGGGCCCCUCCCCUGAUCAGCACUUACAGAAAGGCCCCAUAGCUUCUCCAUCAUGUGAUCAAGGCCCCAUAACCUCAGCGACAGACCUCUUAUCGCCCUCAGCGACAGAGCUUCUAUCACCCUCUGAUCUUGCUUCUCCUAAGUUAAAUACACAGCUGCUGGGAAUGCUGGAGGACUUGCAGGAGGGACAGCGGAAGCUGAAGGCGUACAUCGACCAUCUGGUGGCACUCAGUCUGGAGAAGGACAAGACUCUGCUGGAGGGGCUGCCGCGCACACAACAGGACGAGGUCCGCUCCAUGGAGAAACUCAAGGAGCUGGACUAUAAUGAGUUGUUAGAGGAGUACCGCAGGCAUGAGGAGGACAAUGCCAGCCUGCAGCUGUAUGCAGACACCCUGCUGCAGCGCAUCGCAGACCACCAUCCAGACGUACUGGAGAGGGUCGUCAUGGCAUUGGAGGGCGCAGGGUAACGAUGGCUACAUGAUCAUGUGAUCAUCACAUGUCAGUGUAAUCCAUUGGAAGAAGAUGGUUAUUUACGAAGUUUAUGGUAGUGGUGUGCGAGGAAGUACUCCAGCAAGUUUUGGUUGACAGAAUAGAGUUUUAACUAACACCAGAUGGUCAGCACCAUGGACAGCCUCCUGCAAGUUCUAUAAGGCAUCACAGCAGAUGUAUAUCGUAUAUUGGGUGUCGACUGAUGCUAGAUUGUAACAGUAACAAACUGUCACACAGAAGAAUUAUCAUCAAUACAGCAUUGAAUCUGAAAUUAGUUCUGAAGACUCCACACUUUACACAGGAUUAUAUUUGUACAGAUUCAAACCUGAUCUUGAUAGGCAUAGUCCAAAUGCCCUUCAAGCUUCGCUCAGUUUCAACAAAUGGGCAAAGAAAAGUGCCCUUGUCCAGUCAGUCCUCCUUGGAGGUCACAAGACUAAAUCUGGCCAAUUAUUUCAGGUCUUUCUUCCCUCGACCAAGUUGACACAGCCCUUUGAACUAGACAAGAUGAAAAGCCAUUAUUGUAUACUUUAUCAUAUGUACUGUAUAAUGUGCAGAAAAAAUUCUAUUGGUAACAAAAUGCUUGUGAAUGUUGCAUGGAAAAGGAAAAGAGAACAAACCGUGAAGAACAAACAAGAAGAUUAUGUCUUGCCAUGAUAUGUGGUAAACAGAUGGAGACCAGUGAUGGACAGCUGUACUGUAGCACAGGCUGUGGUUGGCCAGACUACAGUCACAUGAUGUGCUGCUAUGGGAAACUCAAUUUUGUUUUCCAGUGGAUCUUACAAGGAAAAUGUCUGCCUCAUUUUCAGUCUUCAUUUAGUUGUGAUUACUGUCAACCGCGUGAUAUUGUAAAGAAUGACAGUGAGUUUUGGAAGGUUUAAUAACUCAACAGCCAUGUAUCAAAUCAGACCACGAUUGUUCAGAAUGGAGGAAACAGUAGUUGUGUUUAUUUCUGGAACUCAUAUGCCACUGACAAAUAUCUGUGCCACCCCAAGAGUAGAAUAGAGUCAGGAGAAUGAGUUAAAAGUUUUUUAUCCACUGAUGAUGGAUUUUAUUCUAGGUCUUGUAGAAAAAUUGUACAAAGCUGAAUUUUGUGUUAAGUGUUUGUAAUGUGACAAUGUACCAAGUGUUGCCAGUACAUUUGCUAGUGCUGAUGUGUCUUGUCAAAGCUGAUUGGUGAAAUCAAAUGAUUCGCCAGUCAUAUAUCUGUAAUUGUAUGAUUAGACCAGAAUGUUGCAUUCACUUUGAUUGGUCAGAAAAAAUUAAUGAGCCAAUCGUAUCUUCAAUCGUAUCACUGACACAAAAUUGGCAUAUUCUCAACCACAGGAUAUAGAACCAUAGGGAAAGGGGGCUUGUACAGAAACGUGUAGGAUGUUGAUAUAGAAAGGGCUUUCCGAAAGCCCAUGACCAUUAAAAGUUGCUCUGUAAGUUUUUUUUAAAGCUUUCAUAUGUUUACAAAGUUCCCUUUUGACAAAAGUUACGAUACAUGUACCCUCUGCAUCUUGUUUAUGGAGGCGUUUUAAGUUGUAACAAUGAGUUUCUGCAGAGAUUUUGGUUUACACAGUUACGGUACCAUCAGGCUGAAAGCGCCAAAGUAUUUUUUAUCAUAAGUUACUACACACAGAUACUGAUGUUAUUCAUGCAACUGCUUCUCAUGUAUGGUAAUAUGUAAAUUGUAAUGAACUAGCCACAUUAUAUAUUGUACAGGCCUUGACAGAUUUUAACGCUUUGACAUCUACCCACUAUCGCAAUGUUAUAACCAGUUGAUAUGAUAUUGCCCUAGGAUGUAGAUACAAAUCCAAUGUUGUUUUAGAAGCCUCUAACAUUGGCUUGUGUAGAUGUAUUUAUAGUAGACAGCAUUAAGUCCUAUUGUAGAAGCUUAAGUUGUUGCUACAGACAGCAGAAUAUUGUGAUAUUUGAUGAAUGUAUGCUUUGUUGCGAUGUGGAAAAUACAGCCGUCCUCAUUAAACUACA